AUGGCGCGUCUAAUCGCAAUUGUGACUGGUGCCAACACUGGCGUUGGCUUCGGCAUCUGUCUCCGCUUGCUGAUACAGCUGUCCCAGCAGGCACCAUCUGAUGCUCAGCCGCAGGAGAGGGUAGACCCCAAUUUUGCACUCUCAUCCAGACCACUCGUUCAGUCUCCUUACAACUCUGCCACGCUUGUUCUGGCCUGUCGCAGUAAGGAACGUGCGUUGGAUGCGCGUGAACGUUUAUUGGUUGCAUUCGACGUUGAACUCCUUCGCCGCAAACGCAAUAAUCGUGGCGAAGACGAUGCUUAUGCUCGCCAUUUUCGUGACACGCUUCAAAUAGAUUUCGUUCAAUGUGAUUUGGCGAGUGUGUCCAGCGUGUUUGAGUUUUGCGAUGUCGUUAAGCAAAGGUAUCCAUAUAUAUCACACCUCAUUUGUAACGCUGGGAUCAGCUGUUUUACCGCGAUUGAUUACUACGCUGCUACCUGGCAAAUUCUUCGUGAUCCCCUUGCGGGUGCAACCCACCCGACCUACAUUUCGCAGUCAUCGGGGUUGAUGAGCGACGAUGGCCUUGGACUGGUCUGGCAAUGCAAUGUUUUCUCCCAUUAUCUGGUUCAACGAGAGUUAAAGGAAUUGCUAUGCGCUGCUCCGUCGGUGGCGCGUGUCAUAUGGUUAUCCUCAAUGGGAGCUGCGGCGGGACACAGUGACCCAGAGGAUUGGCAGUUGAUUCGGUCACUCUCCGCAUAUCAAGCGUCAAAACAUCAGAUAGAAAUCAUUGCGCACCAAUUGAACGAGCCGCCCAACCCUCAUGUACGGCACAUCGUGGUGGGCCCUGGUGCUGUACAUUCGGGCAUGGGCUCGCAGCUCCUCGGUCCACUCACGAGUCUGAUCAUGAUAAUCUACUUCUACAUCGUUCGAUGGAUGGGCUCUCCAAAUCAUCCGGGACAGGCACGGAAAGGAGCAAUCUCCGCAACUCAUGCUUCGCUAGCCCCUAUUGACCAUCUCCCUCCUUCUUCCUCUGCUCCACGCCUCGACGCGCAGACGGAUCGACUCGGGAAUGAAUUUGUCAACGUGUCCCGCACUGACGGACAUACAGAAAUGUCAGUUGUCGCAGGAAGAUUGCUCGAAAGGAUUGAUGGGCUUUGCGAGACAUUCGAAGCCCGGGAUGGGAGGAGAGAGGGCGCAGACAACCCUGAAAGUGGAUUGGACGGGAGCGUCGUGAUUGUCUGAUCACCAGUCCAUUGACAUUUUCUUAACAUCUAUGUUGUCAUUGGCCGUUGUUGCUUCACCUAAUGGAAUACUUUUAUGUCCGGAGCGUUUCCGGGGCAUCUGGAACUUCG